GGUCUUUAAAUGGCCUGUCGUCCCCUCGGAGAGGGAGACAGCAGCGUCCCGGCGACAGAGGCUCUGAGUGGAGAAGCUGAGGAUUGUGGGAGUUGCGGUUGCAGAUUCUUCUUCUCUCUCUCCAACAGCAGUGGGAUGUUCGGCUCCGUGCUGCUCUGCUGUUCCUUCAGCCUGCUGCGUCUCUCCUCGCCCCUGGUUCAUGGGAACAUCCAGCUGGACGCCGGCCCGGCUGCCGGCCGACUCACCGAGACCUCCUACCUGUCUGAUAUCGAGAGAGGCCACGCCCCCGACCACGUUCGUAACCCUGCACUCCUGCCUGACGACUUCGUGGAGGAUCCCUUCCUGAUUGACGCGGGGUCCUACGACGAGCAGGACUCGUCAGCGGCCUUGCAGCUUCAGGGUCGGGCCAUGCGUUCACCCCGCCGUUGCAUCCCGCACCAGCAGUCGUGUCUGGGUUACCCGAUGCCCUGCUGCGACCCCUGCGACACGUGUUACUGCCGCUUCUUCAACGCCAUCUGCUACUGUCGCAGAGUCGGCCACGCCUGCCCACCAAGACGCACCUGACGACGUCACGCUGACCGCGAGAAGCAACCUGCUGCUGAGGGGGGAAACAUGUUGAUGCACUGUCCGUGACGUGUUGCAGUAUAUAUAUAUAUGCUCUGUGUGUAAUAAAUUGACUUGUUUGGGAAAAUCUG